UAUGAUUCCAUAUGAUUUGAUCGCGUUUCUGAAGCAUACACUUAUAUCCCUUAAUUCAUAUCUCCAUUUCCUAUGCGCGUCUUUGCGUACUCAUGAUGAUCUUUCUUAUGCAAUACGAUAUGGUAAUCAGUUCAAUAGGGCAUGCUAUCGUUUCUGAAAAGAUCUACAUCUUAUUUCGCCUAUGUGUUGCCGGCGCGGAUACGAGUACACCCCGACUCCGUGACCCUAUCCGGCAGCUGUGAGAUCCAUGCUGACGAUUUAUAAGGCUACUACUAAGCACCGAGUCCGCUUUUUCCUUACUACACCCUAGCGGUUACUUCUCAAUACACCAAGUUCUCCUAAUCGAGAAAUCGAGAAACCAGCAGCGAAUCCUACCUCUUGUUGCUUGUUUCAAUGCUCGCUAUCGGUAAAGAUAGCAAAGGUUAUAGUAUACAACUUGAUAUGAAAAGCUGCUUAGAUUUAUUACAAGCUCUGGAUGUUGAUGACUCGCUGAGAGACCCCCCUUUUGCUGAAUACUCCAUUCUAGCUUUUUUUAUUUCUACCAACGUCAUUAAGAAACUGGCUACUGUCUUGAAGAGCUCACCCAUACUCUCCGUUUUAAUAUUAAUUAAAUUACGGUGCUUUCGCACCAACAGCUACUGUGAAAAUCAAAUGACUAAGAGUGCGUUGUCGCUCUUAGUCGAGUUACAUGGAUAA